GCUGGUCCUGAUUAGCUGAUAAACAGCUGAUGAACAUGGCAAGGACACCGUUUAAAGGACAGACGAGAGGAAGGAAUACAGAGUAGAAAUACCACAAUGGAACAUACAAACAAUUUUUAGGGUUCGACCGAUUGUUUAUUAUUGUCCCGCAGUAGUCUGUGACCUUGGGAUUUUGACAGAUUCUGCCUAGAACCGGCGUUUGUACUUCUACAUAUCCUUCAUAUACCGAAUUUAAUUUCGCUAAGGUCGAGCCCAUUUAACAAUGGAUUUUAUAUUGAGCGGGGCAGCUGCCUGCGGAGCUUGCCUGUUCACUAACCCACUGGAGGUUGUCAAAACUCGGAUGCAAUUACAAGGAGAGCUCAAAAGCCGGGGGACCUACCAGGUUUACUACCGCAACGUUUUCCACGCUUUUUACACUAUCGGCAAAGUAGAUGGACUCGCUGGUUUACAGAAAGGGUUGGUACCCGGACUUGUCUAUCAGUUUUUCAUGAAUGGAGUGAGGCUUGGGUCGUAUUCAAUCAUUGAGUCAUCUGGAUACAUCCACACGGACGGGAGGGUUAGUGCUGCUAAAACCACACUAGCAGGGGCUGCCGCUGGAGUCGUGGGGGCAGUGAUGGGAAGUCCCAUCUACUUGGUGAAGACUCACAUUCAGAGUCAGGCCACUUCCUCUAUAGCUGUUGGACAUCAGUAUCAACAUCAGGGCAUGGUCCAUGCUCUGGCAGCGAUCCACAAGCAGCAUGGUAUCCUAGGCCUGUGGAGGGGCUCCAGUGCAGCUGUACCCAGGGUCAGCGUGGGGUCAGCUGCUCAACUCUAUUCCUUCGCUGCCUCCAAGGAGCUUGUCGUCGACCUACAGGUGUUCCCAGAGGGCAGCUGGCUGGUGGCUCUGUGUGCAGGGAUGAUCAGCAGUGUGGUGGUGGUAGCAGCCAUGACACCCUUUGACGUGGUCAGCACACGGCUCUACAACCAACCUGUGGAUCAUACAGGCAAGGGAGAGCUCUAUAAAGGUUUUGGGGACUGCUUCUCGAAGACACUGAAGAUGGAGGGUGUGACAGGGCUCUACAAAGGCCUGGGUGCAUCCUACUUCCGUCUGGGGCCACACACCAUCCUGUCUCUACUGUUCUGGGACGAACUGAGGAAGCUCUGGCAGCAGCACAGAUAGUAGCCGGCAGGCAGGGCAAGCUCUACUCUGCCAGCAACACAGAUAGUAUCAGGAAAGGGAGACCCAGGCCGUAUUCCAGGCCAUCUGCAAAGCAGUUGCGCUGCAUAAAUUAACCAAUGAUUGCCACGUCAUCUACAUUGCAGUCGGGCAUCAGAAUUAUACUUUUUUUGUAUGGUUUUAUUUGUAUCUUUUUCUCAAACAAUAACAACCAUACAUAAACAAAAGACAAACAGACACACAAAUUUCAUCAAACAUAAAUGGCAUCACAUCUGCUCAGGCCCACGUGUUCCCACUGCAACCAUACGCAUCACGUAUGUCUCAACCACACUCAUCCUCCAUCCCCUGGAACAUUCCAGUGCUUGUAGCACUCUGCCAUAUGGCCUCAAAUUGCACUGUUCUAUUUUUAUCCGUAGCCCACACCUUUUCAAUAUUUACAUAA